CUAGUGAGCCCCUCAUCAGUGCAGUAUGACAGCCUACUUCGGCAGAUGUGGGAGAGGAUGGACGAGGGAUGCGGAGAGACCAUAUAUGUCAUUGGGCAGGGAUCAGAUGGGACUGAGUAUGGGCUGAGUGAAGCUGACAUGGAGGCCUCGUACGCCACAGUGAAGAGCAUGGCGGAACAGAUAGAGGCCGACGUCAUCCUCCUGCGAGAACGUCAAGAAGCUGGGGGCCGUGUGCGUGAUUACCUGGUCCGGAAACGAGUAGGAGACAAUGACUUCCUGGAGGUCAGGGUAGCAGUAGUGGGCAACGUGGAUGCCGGCAAAAGCACGCUUCUGGGGGUCCUGACACAUGGGGAGCUGGACAAUGGCCGAGGCUUUGCCCGCCAGAAACUCUUCCGCCACAAACAUGAGAUUGAAUCUGGUCGCACCAGCAGUGUGGGCAACGACAUUCUGGGCUUUGACAGUGAAGGCAAUGUGGUGAACAAGCCCGACAGCCAUGGUGGCAGCCUGGAGUGGACAAAGAUCUGUGAGAAGUCCACUAAGGUUAUUACCUUCAUCGACUUGGCUGGCCAUGAGAAGUACCUGAAGACCACUGUCUUUGGCAUGACUGGGCAUUUGCCUGACUUCUGUAUGCUCAUGGUAGGCAGCAAUGCUGGCAUCGUGGGGAUGACCAAGGAGCACCUGGGCUUGGCAUUAGCACUCAAUGUACCUGUCUUUGUUGUAGUCACCAAGAUUGAUAUGUGUCCUGCCAACAUCCUGCAAGAAACCCUGAAGCUAUUACAGCGCCUGCUGAAGUCACCAGGCUGCCGGAAGAUCCCCGUGCUGGUACAGAGCAAGGAUGAUGUGAUUGUUACAGCCUCCAACUUCAGCUCCGAAAGGAUGUGCCCGAUAUUCCAGAUCUCCAAUGUUACAGGCGAGAACCUAGAUCUGUUGAAGAUGUUCCUCAACCUCCUCUCCCCCCGCACCAGCUACAGGGAGGAAGAGCCUGCUGAGUUUCAGAUUGAUGACACCUACUCUGUCCCAGGUGUGGGCACAGUGGUGUCAGGAACAACACUGAGGGGCCUGAUCAAGCUGAAUGACACACUGCUGCUGGGCCCAGACCCUCUGGGUAACUUCCUGUCCAUUGCUGUCAAAUCCAUCCAUCGCAAGCGCAUGCCUGUCAAGGAGGUGCGGGGGGGCCAGACAGCUUCCUUCGCAUUGAAGAAGAUCAAGCGCUCGUCCAUCCGGAAGGGCAUGGUGAUGGUUUCCCCACGCUUGAAUCCCCAAGCCUCCUGGGAAUUUGAGGCUGAGAUUCUCGUCCUCCACCACCCCACCACGAUUAGCCCACGCUACCAGGCCAUGGUGCACUGUGGGAGCAUCAGGCAGACAGCCACCAUUCUGAGCAUGGACAAGGACUGUCUGCGCACUGGGGACAAGGCCACUGUACACUUCCGCUUCAUCAAGACCCCUGAGUACCUGCACAUAGACCAGCGGCUGGUAUUCCGGGAAGGUCGCACCAAGGCUGUUGGCACCAUCACCAAGCUCCUUCAGACCACCAACAACUCCCCAAUGAACUCCAAGCCCCAGCAGAUUAAAAUGCAGUCAACAAAAAAGGGCCCCCUGACCAAACGAGAAGAGGGGGGCCCGUCUGGCGGGCCAGCGGUAGGGGCACUCCCCACUGGAGAUGAAGCUUCCUCUCUAGGGGCUGUGCAGCCGGCUGCAGCAAGCAGUCUCCAGCUGCAGCCCAAACCCAGCAGCGGGGGCCGGCGACGAGGGGGCCAGCGCCACAAGGUGAAGUCCCAGGGGGCCUGUGUGACUCCUGCCAGUGGCUGCUGAAUCUUCCCCUGCCCGCCCCCCUCCCCCCGCCACCACCCAAGGAAUCCUCACACACUGGCCACUGCUCCCCCAGAUGGGCAGAGCAGCUCUGACCACCACCUGCCGUCCCCCAGGCCACAGCCGGAGCCUCCUUACUCCCCCCACCCCCAUUUUCCAGGGGGUUGUAAUUUAUAAGCUGAGGAAGGCGGCCGACUUCUGGAGGACUGCCCUCCCAUCCUCUUCCCUGCCUUCUUCCCCACUCACACAUUUUUUGUACAUCUGGGCCCUUAGUUUUUAUUCCUUUUAUUAUAUAUCUCUGUCUCUAAGUGUGUGUGUGUGUGUGUGUGUGUGUGUGGUGCAGGAGUGCCGCCAGUCAGGGCCCUGUCGGUCUCUCUCCUUUUCUCCUCCAUGACUGGCUGCCCACCUGCCUGCCUGCCCGCCCAUCUGUUGGGCUGUGUAUCUGUCUCCAUGCGAAUCCUCAGGGCCUUUAGAGGGUGUGAGGAGCUGAGGGAGCCCGCCUCCCGUCUCACUGCUCCUCUCGGCACUCACAGGCCUCUUCUGUGGGGCUGGAAUCUGGGCUGAGGGGCUCCUGGGAUUCGGUGUCUGCUGCUGUGAGAGCAGAGAAUCCCCAAUCUAGGACUUGGGGAUUUUAACAGGGAGAAAAUGGUGGCUUCCCCUUUUCUUUCUCUCCCUUUUUCCCCUUAAACCCGCAAACAGGUAAUGCCCAAAGCUCUUCAGCUGUAACCUGUAGAUGUGUGGAGGGGAGUAGUGAUUGGAUUAUAGGACCCUCCCCAUCCUUGACUCUGACCCUUGCCACUGACCCAAAGACAGCUGAUGAGUUUUCCCCUUGGAGACAAUCCUCUGUUUGCCUGGGCUGUCCCGGGCUACUCCUGGCUUCUGCUGAUCUGCCCCACCUGGAGGCUCUCACCUUGCCUAGGAGCUACCUCCUGUGGCUUGGACUGUGGCUUUUUGCUGGGCUUAGGGGCACUGGUUACUAGACUUGGGUCUGGGCCUGCUCAGGAGCAUGUUUUCUAGUACCUCCUGUUGGGGUUACAGAGAUGUCCUCUGGGCUAGGCUGGACUGGAACUCCUCCUUCCCUACCACAUCACUCCCACACUGCUGCUACAGGAGCAGAAUAGUGACAAGCCUGAGACUCAAGUUUGGAAGCCCUGAUUGGGGUACAGGGAGGGCAGGUAGGGGAUAGUGCAGGGGUAUCUUCCAGGCCCAGCACAGAGCAUUUAGUCCUCUGGAAGAAUUGCUGCCUGGAAUGGGGGAGGGGGUGCGCAGGCCAGAAAUGACAAAGUGGGCUCCUAACCAGCCUGGACUGAGCUCUGCACUGAAGCCCUCAAUUUAGGGUGGGCUGACAGGACAGGAUGUGUUCCUGCGCUGGCUGAGUCCUUCAGCCUUGCCUCCUUCCUGUCCUGUUCCCAACCCUCUCCUUUCUUCCUGCUUCCUGACUGCUGGUCCCCUCCCCUCCUUCCAACUGUUUCUAGUUAUCACUGACCUGUGGCCAUGGACUGAUCAGACCAGCAUUCAAAAUAAAAGUUUGUUCUAACCCGACAGUGUUGUGUUCCCUGCCCACCUCCUCCAGCUGGAGGUGCUGCCACAGGGAACCUGUUGCUGUGCCUGAGCUUGAGCCCUGCUGGCAGCCCAGCUCAGGGCAGGGCUUUGGGGAGCCUGGCUUCCCCUGUCAGGCAGGCAUGGCUUCAAAGUUCAGGCUCCUCCACCGGCUGUGUGACAGGACAAGUUACCAACUUUCUCUGAACCUCAGUUUCCUCAUCCCCCACAAAUUCCACCGUCAGGGUUGUUGUGCAUAUUGAUUGGGUGAGAGACGGUAGGUGAGGCCCUGGAGUUCCCUGCACGUGGGAGGUGCUCCCUCAGGACCCAACGUAUGUGGCCAGGACUGCCAGGGGCUCUCCCAUGCUUCAUGUUCUUUUACAUUCACAGUUACCGUCCGAGAUAGGUGUUGUUUUGUUUUUCUAGUGAGGGAAACUGAAGAAGCUCAGAAGUGUCACCAGCAGGUGUUAGUUCCUGCGCCAGCCCUUCCCCACAGUUUUUCCUCGUCAGCUGCUGCGGCUUGUCCUUUGCCCCUUCUGUUGUCUAUUGGCUGCUUCCCUCUCGCUCUUUGCCCUGGCUCUGGCUCCACUUCCAGGGGCUGCUGCCCACAGGUGCCUCUGUAAUAGGAGGGCUCUGGCACUGAGGACCCUGACGUGGCAGGGGCUGUGGAGUCUUUCUGCAGGCCUUCACCAUGGGGGACCUUGUUUUGUCUUUUGUCCCUGUAAGUGGCAGUGGUUGCCAGAAUCAUUCUUUGCAUUCAGGAGCUCUGGCCACCACCCUGGCCUCUGCCCACAGACAUUCAGGAGGAUGGGUCUGGAUCUGUGUGAUCACCAGGCACAUACCUGCUAGCAGGGAGCUGAUGGAAUCCAGUGUUUUACUGACGUUGACAGGGACUACAAAAGUCCAUUCAGGUCUCAGCCCUCCCAGCUAUUCAUUUGGAACAAAACACCAGCCCUUUUGCAGUUGAUAAAGAAUAAAGUUGUUAAUCCAGUCA